AUGUCGGACGUGCUGGCGCAGUCCGUGGCCGUCCUCGGCUGCCGGCCGGGGGUCGCCGGCGGCGUCUGCUUCUUGGAGGACCAGGUCGUGCUGCACGCGGUGGGGGCGGGCUGCGUCCAGCUCCACCUCAGGCAGAAGUGGCACAAGUUCAUGCCAGGCAUCGAGAAGACCCGGGGCGUGCAGGCGAUGGCCAUCAGCCCCGACCGGCGGUACCUGGCCGCCGCAGAGACUGUAGCGGAUCAACCGGUGCUGACGGUCUACGACCUGUCGUCGGUGCCGGUGCGGCGGCGGAGGACGCUGUCCGCCGCCGAGCUGCCGGCGCGGAUAGCGGUGUCCCUGGCCUUCUCCCCCAACUGUCAGUACCUGGCGGCAGCCACCGCCCCCCCCCAGGGGCGCCUCACCUACUGGCUCUGGGAGAAGCAGCGGCUGCUGGCGGCCGUCCGCCUCGAGGCCCCGGGCAGCAGCGUCUGCCAGGUGAGUUUUAGUCCUCAAGACAAUACACAGGUUUGUAUCACUGGAAAUGGCUUUUUUAAGCUUUUUAAGUACUGUGAAAGAACUUUGAAGCAGAUGAAUUUAGAAAAGGGAAUGCCACAAAACUACUUGUGCCAUACCUGGCUGUCCAAGGAGGAAGUUAUAUGCGGCACUGACACAGGCAAACUUAUCUUGUUUGAAACUGGAGAUCUGCUCUGGAAGACAAGUGUAGAGUACAGAAAACCACACAGGGAAUUAGAAGAAGAUGCAACAACAACAGAAUAUGAAUGUUGUUCUGUUGGCUCCAGUGGUAAUGAUGGUUCACAACAGGAUUCUUUGCCUCAAAUAUCUGCAAUUGCAGCUUAUUCCAAAGGAUUUGCAUGUUCAUCUAGCCCAGGAAUUGUUCUGCUGUUUGAGAAGACCAGGGGAAAGGAACUCUACGAGGAGAGUCAAGAAAUCUGGCUUCCUAAGGACCGGUUCAGCAGUGAUCCAAAAAAGUCAGGCAAACAGGACAUUAUAUGUAUAUGCUUCAGCCCCUCCGAGGAAACAAUGGUUGUUAACACACAAAAGAACCAGCUUUACAUGUUUUCUAUGCUCCCUACUGAUUUCAUGAAGGAGAGGAUUGCUUAUUUUAAAUAUUUGACUUUCCCGUUGCAUUCUGCUUCCAUCACUGGUCUGGACAUCUGUCUUUGGAAAUCCAUUCUUGCUACUUGUUCCCUGGAUAGAUCUGUCCGCAUCUGGAAUUACCAGACAAACACUUUGGAGCUGUAUAAGGAAUACUGGGAGGAAGCAUACUCAGUAUCACUUCAUCCCACUGGCCUUUUCUGUUUGGUUGGAUUUUCUGACAAACUACGAUUUAUAAGUCUACUGUAUGAGGACAUGCAUGUUUUCAAGGAGCUUGCUGUGAUAAAGUGUAGAGAGUGCUCAUUCAGUAACAGAGGACAUCUUUUUGCUGCAGUUAAUGAAAAUGUGAUUGAAAUUUAUUCCAGCAUCACCUUUGAGAAUAUUAAUAAUCUGAAAGGACAUAGUGGGAAGAUACGUUCAGUUAAGUGGAGUGCAGAUGAUGCUAAGUUUAUCUCCUGCGACACACAUGGUGCUGUGUAUGAGUGGAACUUGACGACAGGUGAAAGGGAGACAGAGUGUGUGCUCAAGUCCUGCAGGUACAGCAGCAUUGACCUGUCUUCUGAUGCCAAAGUCAUCCUUGCUGUUGGAUCUGACCAAACUCUCAAAGAAAUUUCAGCGUCUUCGAUCCAGCAUGAAGUGCCUGCUUUUGGUGUUGUUUAUACUGCAGUAGCUGUUUCUCAUUCUGGGCACAUGGUAUUUGUUGGUACAUCUCUGGGAACAAUUCGAGCUAUGAAGUACCCAUUACCUUUGACAACGGAUUUCAACGAGUAUCAGGCCCAUGCGGGUGCUGUUACAAAGAUGUCCAUAACAAACGAUGACCAAUUUCUGUUGACUGCAUCAGAGGAUGGCUCUAUAUUUAUCUGGAAAGUAUAUGAGAAAGGAGGUGGGAGAAUGAAAUGGCAGAAGGAAGUAGAGCAUGCUGAGGAAGUGUUGAUCAUGAGGUCAGAUAUAAAAGAAAAGAGUCAGGCAAUGCUGGACCUGCAGAUUCGUGUGAAAGAGCUACAGACAGAAAAUUAUUACCAGCUAAGUCUCAAGGAUAUGUACUAUAAUGAAAAAAUAAAGGAAUUAGAAGAUAAUUUCACUCAGGAAAUAAGCUCCCUUAAAACCAAACACCAGAAUUUACAGGCAGAGAAAGAAAACCAGGAACUACAACACCAGUUGCAAGUGUCUGAGCUGAUGGAUAAACAGGCCAGGGAGAUGGAAAAGCUAGCAUCUGACAGUAAUCAGAAACUCUUAAUGGAAAAUGAGAAAUACCAGGAGCUGGAUGAGAAAUCCCAAAAGAUGCAGGAGGAAUACGAGAAACAGCUGCACAGUUUGGAGGAAAGCAAAAGCAAGGCUGUGAAGGAACUAACAGAAUAUUAUGAGGAAAAACUUAAUGAGAAAUCUGUUCUGCUGAAAGAGACAGAGGAGGAUAUGAGGCAGCAGCUUCGAGCACAUGAAGAAAUUAAAAAACAAAUUUAUGAAGAUGAAGACCAAGAAAUCACGGAAAUCAAAAUUAAGUAUGAGAGACAGCUCUGGGAAGAAAAGGAGUCAAACAUGCAACUGAAAGGAGAAAUAGGAGUCAUGAAUAAAAGGUUGAAUAGCCUACAGAAAGAGCUCAAGGAGCGGAACAGGUACAUCGAGGAAAUGAAACUGGCACAGCAGAAGCUGCAACGCAUCAUUAAGUCACUGGAGGAGGACAUCUUGGCGCUGAAGAAAGAGAUUCAAGAGAGAACUGACACUAUCCAAGACAAGGAGAAGCAUAUAUAUGACCUAAAAAAGAAAAACCAGGAACUGGAAAAGUGCAAGUUCGUACUGGAUCACAGAAUAGCGGAGUUGAAGAAACUAAUAGAGGCACGUGGAAAUGAUAUUAAAACAAUGAAGAAGCAGAUCUAUGAGAUGGAGGGCGAGCUGGAACGAUUCCACAAGGAGAGCACACAGUUGAAGCUGAACAUCACGCAACUGCAACAGAAACUAAAGGCAACUGAUAAUGAGAUGCAUAGGGAGAGGCAGAAGAAGCAAAAUAUGGAAGCUCUCAUCAAACGAUUUAAAGCAGACCUUCAUAAUUGUGCAGGCUUCAUUCAGGAACCAAAAAAACUGAAGAAUGGGAUCUGUGAGCUCUACACCAAGUACGUGCAAGAAUCAGACUUGGAGGAGAUCGAAAUAGCACAAAAAGAUUUGCAGCCCGAGUGCAUGAGACAGCGAGAGUAUCUCGAGAGGAAUUUGGCAGCUUUAAAAAAGAAGUUGGUGAAGAAUCAGGAAACCCACCGAGGUGCUUACAUGCACAUUAUGCAGGAAAACAUGAGUCUGAUUAAGGAAAUUAAUGACUUGCGGCAAGAACUGAAGGCAGCCCUCACCCAGCUACAUGACCUCGAGUCAACACUAAAAUUAAUCAAGAAAAGAGAAGCAACUCAAGACACAGCUCCCUCCAGGGAGCCGCUGCCCAGCCCAGCUGUCCUGAGGUUGAAUGCAGAGAAGGAAAAUGAGAAAAUCAUAGAAAUGCAGCAGCUAGAAAUUCAAUACUUGCGAAACCAAAUCCAGGAGAAGGGGCAAAGCCCUGCAGUUCAGCCUCUCUUAGCUGGAAAUCUUCCUGAGCUGAAUCUGGAAGGAAGUCACAAGACACAGCAACAGUGACCUGGUUCAAGGAUGUCUUGCAUUAUUAUAUUUUCCUGGCAAGAUCAGAAAUGCAGCAGCAUAGAUUAGACUUCCAUGAUCCUAUACUCUUCCACUAGAAAGCGGAAAGAAACAUUUGUGCAGCGCUUACUGCUCUGAACACAAGGCAACAACUUCAUUCCUUCGCCUUCUACUUUCCUGGAAUCUUCCCUUUCCAUGAGGCCAAGGAGCCAAGAGAAAAAGAAUAAAUUUGUGUUAGUACAAAA